UGGCCGCGAUGAUUGCGGUACGUGUUCCUUGACGAAAGUCUGGAGGUUGGUGUCAAUCAGUCAAAAUGAUCGUCUCUUUUGUUUCGUGACGAGCGAAGUGGAGCAAAGUCUAGCUUCAGCAACUGGCGUUCUCUUAACAACAUGGAGUUAGGCCUGUCCAGUACGUUGUUAGCCGGUGAUCCACGAUUAAUUGAUCACAUAGUGGGUGAAGUUAAAUCCCAAGGUAUUUUUGAUCAAUUCCGAAAGGAAUGUAUUGCCGACGUUGAUACAAAGCCUGCAUAUCAAAAUCUAAGGACAAGGGUUGAAGGCUCUGUAAAUUCUUUCCUCAGUAAACAAGUAUGGAAACCAGAUUUGAACAAGAAUCAGCUCAGAGAAACUUUGCGCAAGCAUAUCCAUGAUGCACCAUAUCUGGAUGCUGGCGUGGAACGGAUAGUGGACCAAGUGGUGAAUCCCAAGGUCUAUUCAGUUUUUAUGCCACAAAUAGAAGACGUGGUGUAUAAGUUUCUGGGUAUAGAGAGGCCAAAGAUAAAAGAAAAGAAUGGCGCUUGCGGACUUAAAGAUUUAUUACCUAAAGAUUUGGACCCAGUCUCGCCAGAGUCUGAUAAAAACAGCUUGAAGGAUGAAUCUCUCGAAUCUAUGGAUAUAAACGAUAUAAAUAAUCUUGAUGAAAAACAAGAUGAGAAAGUUGACGAACAGAAGCCACAAGAAGGAGAAAUAUAUAAGGAUAAAAAUAGAGCUGAUUCAGAAAAUGGAUACAUUUCCUUGGAAGAAAAAACUUUAGACGAAGCUUGUAAAAUUUUAAGUAAAGAUGGGAGUAAUUCAAACUUAAACACAACUGCAAAAUCGGACGAUAAAGUGGACGAAGAAGAGGAAGAAGUCAGUCCAACAUUUGAGCCUAUUGACAUUAUGAAUUUAAAUGAAUCCAACAUUUCCAACGAUUCGCAUUUAUCGGGAAUAUCAGAAUUAACGAGUCAUCGAUCUAGAAGUCCAAAUUUCUCCAACGAAUUGUCGCGGGAUAACUUUGAGUAUAGCAAUCAAGAUUCUCAGCUUAGCAAAGUUUCCUCGGAUUCUCGGCUGUCAAUAGUGACAGACUUUGGUUCCUCUAAUCAUGCUUUAACACCAGUUCAUGAUUCCUCGAGAGAUGAAACAACAAAGGAUAAAGGCGAAGCUUUUACUAAAAAUAGUAAAGAUAAUUUCAAAGCAAUCAGAGAAUUCGAUUUGUCUAAAAACAAAUCGACUAAAAGUAAUUUUGAUUUUGUUAAAAGUAAAGAUAUGCAAGAUUAUAAAGAUACGAAAGAUUUCAAGAGUACUAAAAGUAUAUCUUCUAAAGAAAAUUCUCGUGAUGCCACAGAUAGCACUAUUAAAGAUAAAUAUGAGCAUAAAAAUAAAGAGAAGAACAAAGAUAGUGAGUCCAUCAAAUCAUCAAAAAGUACAAAAGAAAAAGCUGCUAGUAAGGAGACAAAAUAUUACAAAGAUAAAAAUAAUGAGAGGAAGAAAUCGAGUAAUGAAAAGUAUGAUAAACAUAACAGCGAAAAAUACGAUAAACACAGUAAAAGUAAACCUAAAGAUAAAAUUGAUCAAGUCAAGGAAAGUUCUGACAAAAUUAAAGAUAUUCCAGAAAAUUUAAAAGAUAAUAGUAAUAAAUGCAAAGAUGAGAAACCUAAGGAAAUGGAUAAAAAAGAUAAUAUUAAUAAGGAAGUGAAAGAUUUGAAAGAUAUUUAUAAGGAGAAAAUUAGAGAACUUCGAGAAAAGAAGGAAUUGACUGAGAAAGAAAAAUUGAAUAAGGACAAAGAUGUUAAACUUAUUAAAGAGAUUAAAGAUAAAAAGGAUCCCCUUAAAGAUAAAAAAUCAAAUAAGAAAGAGCACAAAAGUUCAUCAUCAUCAUCAUCAUCGUCAAAAAAUCCUAUGAGUCAUCAUGAAAGUAAAAGCAGCAAGACGUCGGAAAAGAUUGUAGAUGGAAAAGAUAAACGAUCAGAUUCAAAGGAUAAAGCAAAACGAGAUGAGAAACGAUUGCUGAAAGAGAGUAAAGGUAAAAAUCAUUACAGUAGCAAGUCAGAUUUAUCGGACAAAUCUGACAAAUCAGAAUCAAAGAAGGCUUCCAGAAGUGAGAAAGAAGAUAAGGGAAAGGUAGAUGUGAAAAAGGAUGUCAAGACGAGCAGCGAGAAAGCGACAAACAGUAAGAAGGACAUGAAGAGCCACUUACAACAGGGCAAGAGUUCAGAUCGUCCCGAAAAAUCAGAUGGUAGAAAGGAAUCAAAAUCCGAUAGCCCAUCUAAGGAUAAAAAGCGUAGAGAGGAUAAAAAAUCCAAAACGAAGGAUGAUCAUUCGAGUUUACGGAAAAACUCGAAUGAUCGGCGUUCUACAGAUAGGGAUGGUUCGAACGGUUCAAGUAAUAAAACCUCACCAUCCAGCAACUCAAAUUCUAAUGUGACAAGCAAUAAAUCGAACAAUUCGAGUUUGACAAAGGAUAAUCAUGUCAGUAAUUCUGGUAGCGAAACAUCGGAUGGUAUCGAGGAAACGCAAGUAAAUGAUUCAAAAUUAUCGCAUUGUAAAUUACCUCAUAAAAUCAGUUCGCAAUUACUGACAAAUGAAAAGAGUUAUUCAAAGAUGGAGAAUGAUAAUAGCAACGAAGUAUAUGGACAAGAAGAAGAAAAUACAAAUCCACGUGACAUAAAUCUGCCGUUAAAGAAGAGAUUGCUGUCAGAUAAAGAUGGUAAUUCAACUUCUGAUGUGAAGCUCAAGAAACCGAAAUUCGCAAAAAACAUACACGAAGCUAAAAAAUUGAUGAAAAUUAGGAAACAAAUGGAAAAACAGAAACUUAAAGAGGAUAAAAAGGUAGAGAAAAAAAUUGUACAGGAAGCAGACCAAACGAGUCAAUCGAAUACGAAGAAUGCCGAUAAUCUUGAGGGUGUGCCAGACGAUGAACGAGUACAAAUUAUAGAGAUUCCCGAUGAAGAAUACGAAGAACCUUAUCCCGAAAAAGAUGAACCUCCUUUAAUGUUGGAUGAGAGGUCAAUAAUAAUGCCAGGAACCGAGUCUUGUACAAACGACUUCUUAAAAGAGUUGUGCAUAAGGCAGUCUUCAAGUGAGAUAGUAUCAAAUGUAUCAUUAGAAGAAACACAGGCUACACAAAAUUCUAAAAUUGAUGAGAAACACGAUGCGCAUUGUAUUGAAGAUGUAGAAGAUUUGCAAGUCUCUAAAAAGAGAUAUAAGGAUGACAUUAAGGAAGAUUUAAAGAACAAAACACUAGAACGUAUGAUUGUUAGUGAAGAAAAUCGUCUACAAGCGGAGGAAACACCUGUUUCGCAGAAACUGGAAGAAACCGCAGCUCCAGAAAAAUCAGAACCUGUGAAGCAUGAAGGAAGUAGCAACGUGAAACAAUCAACAGAGAAGAAUACGGAGACACGAGAUUAUAAUCAAGUGGAAAUACAGGAUGAUAACGAAGAAAUGAAGAAUGACAAUCCAUGGGAAAUACGAGACGAUAAUAAAGAAUUAUCGGAUGAAAAACAAACAGAAACCUAUGCGCCAUCCAAAGCUAAUACAAUAGACUCACAUACUGAUUGUAUGGAAAAUAAAUCUUCGUCCUUCGCGAUCAGCGAGGAUAACGAAGACUGCCGUUACUUCAAGACUGAUAAUGAGAAAUCGGAAAGGUUUUCCAACUUCUUAGAAUCUCUAGAACUUGUAGAGAACUCGUCUUUGGAGGACAUAAUAGAAAGUUUAGGUGGCAAGGUGGUUUCUUCGAUACCGAAGUCCAUGGCGGCACCACCGUUACCGAAAUUGCGUAAACGUUCGUCUAGUCCCUUGUCAGACAUACUAGUAAAUAAUUCGGACAACAAUAAUGAUGGCUAUAAGCAGAAAUUGUCAUCCUUGCCCAAUGAAGACGUUGUUAACGUCGUCAAAAAGAGGAAAUAUACUAAGAAACCCAGAUUCUCGAAUGUAUGUAGUUCACAAGGGAUCUCGAAUGGCGAGAACUUUGUCAUGCCUUUGAGCCCUGACAGCGAUGUGUCGGCCACGAGCGAUAAAACAGCGUCGACUAAUGUGAUCAAAGAAGAAAAGAGCCGUGUUAGGACCAGUCAUCAACGAUAUUCGAGCGAUGACUUAUAUAAACCACGUCCAUUAUUUUCAAGUUCUUCUCGUCGAAGCAGACGAUCGAAUAAUCAAGCAUAGCUAGUGCCCCAAGGAU